AUGGCAGCAGCAGACGGACGGCCCCAGGAACUGGUGGACAAGAGCAGGGGUGCCAGGGAGCUCCUGCAGCAGGAAAGGUUCCGUGUGGCACCGAAGAGGAAGGAGGGUGAAGAAGAAGGAGCAGGAGCUGCAGACUGUGUGGGAGAGAGUCUGGCACUCGUGCAACAGAGCAAGAGGCACUCAAAGUCGUGGGCCGAGGACUUCCGCAGUCUGACACAGCGCACCAGGAGCCUGCUGCAGGCUGGCCGGGUGUUUGCUGUGCACCAGGUGGAAGGUCGCCGCCGACACGCAAGAAUAAGCCUCGAAGCCGGGCGGCUGUGCCUCCAUGCCCUGGCGGACCAUCCCCUGACAGUGUGGGCGUCAACCCUGCAGGUCAGCCAGGUCGUGCCGCCCUCCCCCCCCUGCACGGUGUUCCUGGACCUGUCCUGGCCGGGCCGUGCGCCGCGCCGGGUCCACAUCCGUCUGAGCCCCGACACCCCGUGGGGCCGCCAAUUCCUGAUGCUGUGCACGGGGCAGCGCGGCCCCUCCUACCGCGGCACCAGGCUGUACGAGGUGGAGGACAAGGGGUGGCCGGGAGAGUGUGUGUGGGGCGGGGACUACGAGAGGAAUGAUGGUACGGGGGAAUGUGUGCUGCUGCCUGGCCUUGAGGAGGGUGAGGAGAGGAGGCCAUGCCGGGCAGGGGAUGUGUGGGGGGAGGGGAGGCGGGGUGUGUUUGGCAUCACCACCAGGGACUGUCAGGUUGUGUUGCCUUGUUGUUUCUUCGGUGAGGUGGUGGAGGGACUGCACGUGGUGGCCGAGGCAGCCCAACACAGCGACAUUAAGGAGGUGACUGUGGUGGACUGUGGCGUGGUGCUGUAAGGGUAUACUGGCCUGCACCACCACCACCACCACCACAACAUUAUAGAGGAGAUUGUGGUUGUUUUCUUAACCCGUCCGCUGCAGGCGACGACACAGUGUCGUCGCCUGCAGUUUUGAGUAUUUGUUUACCGACGACACAGUGUCGUCGGUAAACAAAUACUCAAAACUGCAGGCGACGCACCGUUUGCGUCGGCAAAUUAAAAUAUUCAUAGAAUAUUCCCAAUGCGUUCCCGAGCGCUCAAAUUUUGACAGAGUCGUCCCUGAAGGCUGCCUGUGCUUUGUGUAUGUGGAUGUCAUCUGGAGAGGCCUAUCUCGUGACUCACGCCGUGGGCCACGUGUCCAGUGUUGCCAGGUCAGCCAAUUUAUUUUGCUCAGAGAUGUUUUCGCUUAUAGCACAAAACUUUAUAUAUACAACAGUUACUUAGAAGCCAAUUUAUUUUGCUCAGAGAUGUUUUCGCUUAUAGCACAAAACUUUAUAUAUACAACAGUUACUUAGAAGCCAAUUUAUUUUGCUCAGAGAUGUUUUCGCUUAUAGCACAAAACUUUAUAUAUACAACAGUUACUUAGAAGCCAAU